AUGAAUUUUUUCAAGCGAAAAUUCUCAUUUUCCGAAGAUGAGGGUGAACCAAUGGAUGAUGUCAAUGGUCCUCCAUCUUCAUUUUCAUUUCACUCAAUAGCCAAUAAAGUCUCCAACACAAUCAGGUUUGUAUUUAAAAAAAAAUCAGAAAAAACUGAAAAAAUAAUUUUAAACUACUCGAUAUAAAAACUCAUAUUUGUAUGUGAAGCGAUUUACCGGAAAAUAUCGUUUUAAAAAUCUCGAACUUUCUAUUAUUCAAACUUCAUCGAUUAAAUUUGCAGGUGAAAAAAUUGUACAAGUACAUUUUUUAUUCAUUUUUCUUUCUGAAAGCUUUUUUCUCGAAUUUCAGUUAAUUACAGCUUUUCUCUUCUCUAUUUUCGUCCCAAAAAAAAAACAGAAAAAGAAGAUAAAUUUGUUGUCUUUUCACUAAUUACAUGUGUCCUCUUUUUUUUCUCCAAAAAAAAACAAAAAUAAAUUCUAGUGCUCCAACAUCGCCUGCAAAAACUCGUGAAUCUUUGGCUGCUGCGUUGGAGCGAAGUUUGAAUCACGACAGAAGUCGCGGGGAGGCAAUUAUGAAAGAUGCAAAGGUUUUGUUGGUUAUCGAUUCGCAUCACGUGGAUUGGUGAGUUGGAUUUCUACUGUAGAACACUGUUCUUAAUUUUUACUGUGGUUGUUUAGAGAUUACUGUAGAUUUUUUGGAAAAAAUUAUUUUUAUGUUCUGAAAAAUUGUUUCUACAAAGAAUUAUAUUAUUCAAAAAUUUAAUUUCAUUUUGAAAAAUAUUAGGGUCUUCAAUUUUUUUUAAAGAUUUUGGUCCGAGUAUUGUUUUGUGUUUUCAAUUGGAUAAAAAAUGCAUUGAAAACUUUUUUGAUUAGUCAUAUUGUCGAAAAUUUAAUUUGCCAGAAAAACCUUUUCAUUGACCUGGACUUUGAAAAAAUAAAAUGAAAUUUAGAAGGAAAAUGAUGUUUCUAAAAAAAAAUUAUUUUAAAAUUCAAAACCUAUAAAACAUUCUAGUUCCAAAUUUUUCACAUUCUUACUUUUUCUCAGAAGGCUCUAACGAAUACUACAAUCAAUGACUCACAAAAAAAUCAAUUUUUCCAGGUCUAAAUACUUUCGCAACCAUACUUCCGAAUUCCCAAUCCGCGUCGAACAAGGCGACAUCGAUGAACUCGACGUAAUGUGCACCGAAAAAUCGUGUGUCGUCGAGAUAAAUCAAGUCGGCCGCGAUUCUCGAAGCUUUACUCCAGCUGCUGUUUUUAUUGGCGCCGGCUCAACGCGUUGCGCUCAAUUGAAAACAAUUGUCCGAGCUUUUAUCGCGGCACAUAUUCCAUUUUUGAAUUCACAUACAUCUGCCAUUGCAUUUUUGGAUAAAAAUAAUUUGAAAAAACAAUUGAAGAAAAUCACACUUACCGAUGGAGCUUCGAUGCCAAUGCUUCCGAUUAUUCAUUAUCCACAUUUUCAUAAAUUUGUAAGUUUUUUUUCAAAGUAAAUGUUUAAGAAAAAAUUUUAAACCAUUUUGAAAUAUGUCCUAAAUUUUGUAAUAACAUUUUCAAAUCCAAAAUGAAUUUUUUCAGCAUCAAAGUCAAUCUGUCACAUAUCCUAUGGUGAUUUCUGUGAACGAGGGAUUCCAAGGAAUUGGAAAAAUCAAGGUGAACUCACACGAAGAGUUAUGUGAUGUCGAAGGAAUGCUUCAAAUUAUGGCAAAAGGUGACACCGAGGUCGAAGUUCAACCAUUCGUUGAUGCCAAAUACGAUUUGCAUAUUCAAAAAAUCGGCAACGAGUAUAAAACUUUUAUUCGGCGUGGCAUUUGCAAACACUGGAAGAGUAACGUUGGUUCGAGUGUUCUGGAACAAAUAAAUACCAACGAGAGGCACAAAAAAUAUAUUCAAGCAAUUAUAGAUCACGUUGGUAAUAUGCAAAUAUGCUCUAUUGAUAUUUUAGUGUCGAAAGAGGGACGAGAGUUUGUGCACGAUGUGAAUGAUGUUAUUUGUAAGUUUCUAGAGGUCUUCGAGUUAUGGUCAGGCUGGCCUUAAAUCAAAAUCAAAUGCCCAAAAAACUUUCUAAACUUUGAAUUUGCAGCAUAUUUCGGUGAAUCUGGAGAAGAUGAUCGACGAGCUGCUAGUAUGCUAUUGCGCGCAGUUAUUGGGCCUAAACAACAUCCAACUCAGACACCACAUCAGGAAAAUGGACAUGCCAAGCAAAACCAUCACACUCUACCAGCCACCCCAGCUCAAUCUCAAGUUCCCACAUCUUCUGCUCCCUCAAAAAUCCAAAACAAUCACCAACAUAGCCAAAGUCAUCAUGAAAUCGAGCCACAUAUUCGAGAUUAUUCAUCGUAUUCCGCUCCUCCACCAAUUCCCCGUGCACCUUCACGCGAAUCAAUUUCCUAUGUCGACGACACAAUGGGACAAUUGAAAAGGACAUUUGCCGGAUUUUUCGGCGAAUAA